AUGGACAUCAGCCGAUUAAAAUCAUUGAGAGCGGGGAACAAAGCAGCAGUAACAAAAGUUUUCAAAAAACUGGAGGAAGCCAUCGGAGAUUCACAAAUAGACACGGAGGAAGUAUCAACAUUGCUCGAAGCAAUUGAGAAGAAAAAGAAGACGUUAGCCUCAAUAGACGAACAGAUAUUAAAUGCAGUCGAAUCAGAAGAUAUUACAAAUGAAAUUCUUGAAACAGAUGAGUAUUAUUUAGAUUUAGAUGGUAAAAUUCGAAAAUUUAAGAAGUUCUUAAAGCCCGUAACAAACGCAACAUCUUCGAUACUAGAUUCAAACGCACCAGAGUUUGUUCCGUACACAAACCCCUUUACUCACACAAGUCAGCCAUUAUCUCAAUCAAGUUCUACCUCAAGUAAUAACCAUCGCCUACCAAAGCUAUCUCUUCCCAAUUUUAAUGGAGACAUUCUACAAUGGCAAUAUUUCUGGGAUUCAUACGAGACCACGAUUCAUCACAAUCACACAUUAACUGACAUUCAGAAAUUUUCGUACUUGAACUCAUUGCUUCAAUUUGAAGCUGCAAACGUAAUUUCAGGAUUGACCAUGACAAAUCCAAACUAUCACAAAGCAAUUGAAUUAUUGAGAAACCGCUAUGGGCAACCGCAUAAAAUCAUUAAUGCAUAUAUGAGAGCACUUCUUGAUAUACCCGCACCACAUGAUACAUUAGAAAGUUUGAGAACAUUUCAUGACAAAUCAGAAGCUUACAUACGGGGUCUAGAGUCUCUUGGACAAUGUCAGGAAAUGUACGGAUCGCUAUUGAUACCAGUAAUUCUCGGGAAGAUACCACAUGACGUACGAAAAAAUAUAACACGAGAAAACGGGAGCGACAGUUGGAAUAUUCAAUCGCUUAGAAACGCGAUAGGUAAAGAGAUUUCUAUUCAAGAGUCCGGAUACGGAGAUUAUACCCAAACGUAUUCAACCGCAACCCCUAGCGCAAAUUUCAUAACAGGCGUUAAACGAGUAACUACAGAUAAAACCCGUCCGAUAAACACAACAGACAAAUCAUUCAACUCGAAUCGGAUGAAACAAUGCACAUAUUGUGACGGAAACCACUGGCCAAACGAAUGUAAAAAUGUCAUAGAUCACGAUAAAAGAGUAGCCAUUAUAAAAGAAAAGAGAUUAUGCUUUAAUUGUUUAGGGAAGCAUAAAAUAGCCGAUUGCAAAUCUAAGAAUACGUGUAAGUGUUGCCACCGGAAGCAUCACUCUUCAUUAUGUAAACAGAACUCGUACUCAAAUAAACAUCAUAUUGAAACUGAAAAAUCACAAAGUAAAGUAGACACAGAAACUUCUAUGUUGUAUACCGCUAGCGAAGAAAGGUCCACUGUUUUACUAAAAACCGCAUUCAGUCCAGUCGUUCACAAGAAUACAUGUAUAGAUGCAAGAAUACUCUUUGACGAGGGAGCUCAGCGCUCAUUUAUAACAGAAGAACUAGCAGCUAAAUUGGACAUUAAAAAAGAAGGUUCUGAAACAUUAAGUAUAGCUACAUUUGGAAGUACUACAAAAAAGGUGAGAAAUCUUGACAAAACAACAAUUAAUCUGAAGUCUACCGAAGGAGAAUUAAUCCCUAUUAAAGUUUUAAUUGUACCAACCAUUGCUUCACCACUUCAAACUCACAACAUAGGAAUUACGCAGAAGUUUUCUUAUUUACGUGGUCUACAAUUAGCACACCCAGUCAUGGAUGGAGAGCAAUUUGAAAUAUCCUUAUUAAUUGGAGGUGAUUUCUACUGGGACAUAGUUCAAGACAAAAUAGUGCGUGGAAACGGUCCAACCGCAGUUAGCUCGAAAAUUGGAUAUUUACUUUCCGGUCCUGUCCCUACACAAACCAGCAAUGCAUCUUUCUCAAUGAUGAAUAUACUAGUAUGUCACAAACAAGAAGAGUGCGAUCUUGAAAAAUUUUGGAAGCUUGAAUCGUUGGGAAUUGACGCUAAAGAACAAAAUGAUCCAGACCUAGCUGAAUCAAUUGAAAAUUACUUACAAACCUCUAUUACGAAGAAAAAUGAUAAGUAUAUUGCGAAAUUACCAUGGAGAGAGAAUGCGCCAGAACUACCGACAAAUAAAGACAUCGCAAAACGCAGAACGGAAAGCGUUAUUCGUCGACUGAAGAAGGAUCCCGAGAUGUUCCGAAAGUAUGGUGAGAUAAUUACAGACCAAGAACAAAGAGGAUUCAUUGAAAAGGUAUGUGAUGAAAGUACAUGCACAAACAAGGUUCAUUACAUUCCGCAUCAUCCCGUAAAAAAGGAUUCAGUCACCACCCCGAUACGCAUAGUAUAUAACUGUAGCUGUAGAGCGAACGACAAUAGCCCUUGUCUUAACGAUUGCCUAGCAACAUAUCCACCAAUUAUGACUGAUUUGACGGAGAUAUUAGUACGCUUUAGAAUGUACAAAUAUGCAGUUACAGCAGAUAUUGAAAAAGCAUUUUUGCAUAUUGAAUUAGAUGUUGAUGACAGAGAUGUCACAAGAUUUUAUUGGUUAGAAAAUCCCAUGGACACAGAAAGCCGUUUGAUUACUUACCGGUUUAAGGUUGUACUUUUCGGCGCCACCUGUUCGCCAUUCAUGUUAAGCGCCACGCUAAUGAAACAUUUUAGAGACAAUCCGUCAACUACAUCAACUGAAUUACAGAGAAACUUAUACGUGGAUAACGUUCUGACCAGUUUUACAGAUGAACAAUCACUUUUGAAAUUCUACACGGAGUCAAGAAAAUUAUUGUCAGAAGCAGGAUUCAACUUACGGUCUUGGAACUCUAAUAGUACAGAAUUACAGAACGUCGCAGGACGAGACAAGAUUGGCGACAAUGACGACAUAGUCAAAAUUUUAGGCAUGAGAUGGGAUAGGGAAUCCGAUGAUUUGAAAUUUCAACAGAUUGAAUUUAUGGAAAAGGACAGAAUGAUAACAAAACGCGAGGUUUUGCGCACAUCGUCUAGAAUUUUCGACCCCCUUGGAUUAAUCACGCCAAUUACGGUGAAAGCUAAGCUGUUUAUGCAGACUUUAUGGAAAGCAAAGUUAGAUUGGGAUGAAUUUUUGUCCGACGAACUGAGAAGUAAAUGGCAGGUAAUAGCUUUAGAUAUCGAGGAGGCUACCAAAAUAGUAUUUCCACGAAUGUUAACGGAAGGAGUUAUAAACGAGAAAACGUCACUACAUAUUUUCACAGACGCCAGUCAGUUAGCAUACGGAGCUUGUGCUUACUUAGUUACAGCAAAUUCAUCGGUCAUCGUCAUGGCUAAAAACAGAGUAGUACCCGUAAAACCGAUUUCAUUACCACGUUUAGAACUUAUGGGCGCGCUUAUCGGCGCCAGAUUAGCAACGCAUCUUCUUAAAGUCAUAACAACAGAACAUUUGUAUAUGUGGAGCGAUAGUCAGAUUGUUUUGAGUUGGAUUAAAUCGUCAAAAAUCUUAAAACCGUUCGUAGAAAAUCGACUUAAAGAAAUACGAAAAUUAACAGAGAAUGCUGAAUGGAAUUAUUGUCCAACAGAUGACAAUCCAGCUGAUUACUUAACUCGCGGAAUUUACGCUAAACAACUUUUUAACAACUGCUUAUGGAUGAACGGUCCACAAUGGAUUUUAAAUCGUGAAAAUUGGCCGACAUGGACGAGGAAAAUUGAAGAUUGCAGCACGAUGGUAACUGUUAGUGAUGAAAAUACAGAUGAUGAAAGUACAAAUGCUUCAACACAGACAAUUUCAUGUAUAGAUAUACAACGAUACAGAUCUUUAGAAAAAGCAAUUAGAGUAACAGCAUACGUCUUGCGCUUUAUACAGAAUUUACGGAACUCAAGAGAUAAACGGACAAUCGGAUUUAUCAGUGUUGAGGAGCGAUGUAAAGCAUUAGAAGUUCUAAUAGUAACAGCACAACAGCAAACAUUUAAGGAUGAAAUUGAAAGCUUGAAUUCAUCUUCACAGAAAAAAGUGCAACUUGUUCGACAACUUAAACUUUAUACAGACAAAAGCGGAUUACUACGUUGUACAGGGAGAAUACAAAACGCACCUGUUAAGGAGAGUACUAAAUAUCCGUUGUUAUUGCCAACACACCACAGUCUUACGUCCUUAAUCGUAAUGGAUGCUCACACAAAGACUUUACAUGCCGGACUUAACAGUACAAUCGCAUAUAUUCAACAGAAAUAUUGGAUACCGAGAAUAAGACAGUGCGUAAAAUCACAAAUUCGUAAAUGCGUUCAAUGCAUUAAAAUAUCAGGAAUGCCUUACAGCGCACCCGAUCCGCCACCGCUUCCUAAAGAUCGAGUCAACUACGAUUAUCCUUUUUCAGUAACCGGCGUUGAUUUCACAGGAGCUUUGUAUACAAAAGGAAAACACAACGAAUUAAGCAAAACAUAUAUUUGUUUAUUCACUUGCGCCGCUACACGAGCUAUACACUUGGAGAUAGUGAAAGUCACAGAUUUAACUGAGGAGUCUUUCAUACUUGCUUUUAAAAGAUUUGUCGCUCGGAGAUCUACACCAAGGAUUAUGUUGUCCGAUAAUGCAACAACCUUCAAGGCAGCCGCCGAAAAGAUUACAAGAUCAAACAAAGACAACCGAAUACAAGAAAAACUUGCCGAUCAAGGAACUGAGUGGAAAUUCAUACCCAACCGAGCACCGUGGUUUGGAGGCUUUUGGGAACGCCUAAUUGGACUCACGAAAAAGUCAAUUAAAGCAAUACUAGGAAAGUCAUGUGUCACUACGGAAAUGUUGAAUACAAUUGUAAUCGAAAUCGAGGGAACUCUAAAUAAUCGUCCUAUAACUCACAUUUCUACUGAUAUUAAAGAUCCCGAACCGCUGACGCCAGCACACCUGUUAUAUGGUCGUCGACUUGACAACCAAUCGGAACACAAUAUUGACAGUGUUACUUCAGAAGACUUGCACGUGAAACUGAAUAAAAAUCUACAGAGAAAUAAUGAACUAAUAAACCAUUUUCGCUCAAGAUGGAAACACGAAUAUCUGACGUCACUCCGUGAAUUCCACCGUACAUCUGGGAGAAACGAACAAACAAUACAAAUAGGUGACAUUGUACAAGUACACAAUGACACAAAUCGAAUAAUGUGGAAAUUAGCAGUUGUACAAGAUUUAGUUCGUGGAAAGGAUGGACUCAUUCGAUCAGCUGUUAUCAAGACCGACACAGGAAUUACCAACCGUCCGAUUGUGAAGCUCUAUCCGUUGGAAGUACGCAGUACACAUGAUGACAGUGAAUGA